AUGUCAGGAGAACCAUCGUCCUCAUCAUCGAAAAUAUCCAAGAAAUCAGGUCGAACGCCUGAACAGCAAGCUGCCAGAGAUGCAAGGAAAGCAGCCAAGUUAGCUGCCAAGAGUUCGACUUCGACCUCGACUACAGCCGUCACUGAACUUCCGGCCGAAGUCCCAGCUCAGACAGAUGGUACGGAGGGAGACGCCGAAUCGUCCAAGAAACGAAAGAGGGUCGUACCAGAGGGAGAAGAGCUGGAAAUUGACGUAUCGGCUGCAGCACCCUUAUCAAAAGCUGAACUUCGAGCUCAACGUAAGAAAGCUAAAAGGGGUGAAGAGGUAGAAGUGGUCAAAAGGGAAUAUGAGAAACCUGAUAAACUUCCAAAAGAGAAGACCGAAGGUGAAGGUGAAGUUACGAAGCAGGAUGGUAUAGCAAGUGGUGGAAGUGGGAAAAGACAAAAUUCAAUUUGGAUUGCAAAUCUAUCGUUCAAAACUACCGUUGAAUCCCUCACGGAAUUCUUCGAAAAGAACAUUACCGAAGCUGGAGGAGCUGGCAAUGGGUCGAUAACUAGGAUCAAUAUGCCUAAGAAGAAUUCAAGAGAAGGUUUUGCACAGAAUAAAGGCUUUGCAUAUGUCGAUUUCAAAUCUCCAGAAUUACAAGCUUUGGCUGUAGGCUUGAGCGAGAAGUUCUUCGAGGGUAGGAAAGUUUUGAUCAAGAAGGGAGAUGACCAUGGACCUACACCUAAUGCUCGAACACCCAAACCUCUAUCUACCAAAGCUGAAGAUCUCGGUUCGUCCUCGCGUCGACCUGAAACGUCUUCCUUGUACAUGGGCAAUCUACCGUUCGACGCUACCGAGUUGGCCAUAAGGGAUCAGAUCGAGGAGAAUGCAGUCGAGAGAGAACAGCCUUCAGAAGAGCAGGAGGCAUUGGAAGAGAUCGGUGAGCGGGGAGGGAAAAAGAGUGGAUUGAAGAAAGUCAGACUGGGAGCGUUCGAAGAUACUGGACGAUGUAAAGGCUUCGCCUUCCUUGAUUUCAUCUCCGUACGUCAUGCCAAAGUCGCUUUGGUGAAUAGGAAGAACCAUUAUUUCAAUGGAAGACGAUUGACCGUCGAGUUCGCAUCGGAAGAAGCUGCCAAACGAAGUGGAGGUAAAUCCAAACCCAGACUUCCUACGGGUGAUAAACCUAAGAAGUUCUACGAGUCCACUCCAGCUGGUGAGACCUCUGCUGGUGUCGAGCAGGAUGGUACAACAGAAGAUGGACCUGUGGAGAAGAAGAAUGAUAAGAGGGGUAAGAAAUGGGAGGUCACCGGACGACCUAGACCCGGUGCUGCGUUGGCUAUGGCCAAGAGGGAGAACGUGGGUAUUGUAGAAGGAUCAGGUCAGAAGAUCACUUUUGAUUGA